CGAGGUUUAGCGAUCCUACGCCGUCCAGAAUAUAUAUGCGAGGUCAAUAUCACAUCGUACUAAAGCUACUGACCUUUAGAUUUCAUAUUUCAUGUGCUGAUAAGCCAUGAGCUCCAUUUACAGUACGAUUUGGAUACCAAGAAUGCACUCUUCAGAAGAGAUAUGGAAAGGUCUGGUCCUGCGCCAGAAAGAAUAUCGACUUGGAGCACUACAAGCAUCUCCCCAGUGUUUCGCAUCUUCGUAUGAUCGUGAAGUAGCAUUCGAGCACGACGUGUGGGACACACGACUGAGAAAUCCUCUUGCCGAAACACUGGUAGCGGUCAGGCCAGGAGAUAAAUCGGGCAGACUCGCCGACCAGGCAGAAGUCAUCCUUUACCAGCCAUGGCUCGGAACAAUCGUUCUCACAGGUCCUAUGGAAGGCCACAAUUCGGUCGAUCCCUUGGUGAAGGGCAACAGUGUCGUUGCAUCAGCGGUCGACAGUCCUAAUGAGACUAUGCAAGACGCCACAGCAAAGGGGGAAGACUCAGUACCUCAUUAUCAGCUGAACGCAAUAUACGUCUCUCCGUCUGAUAGAGGCCUUGGAAUUGGCAAGUUGCUUAUUGAUGCCGCGAUCGAGCGCGUUGUGUCUAAAGAACAGGAUGCUCAAAUCGCUCGCAUCACUCUGAUCGUUGACUAUUAUAAUCAUGCUGCACGAAGGCUGUACGAGAGGUGUGGAUUUCAGGUUAUACGUCGAUACUUCUUCGAUGAUCCGAGACUGACUAAACACGAUGAGGAUCCACCUGAGCAAACAGAAGCGGCCGUCAUGGAAAGGAUCAUGGAGCUCCAGGCGGCCAUUGAUAAGGUGUAUUAAACAAGUAGAGGGACACGUUGCGCGGAUGCAAUGAAAAGUCUAGAUGGUGGCAGUGUAGGGUGGCGAUUUGGGGUAAGACACAUGGUGUGGCCCUGUCACGCCGAGGGAUAGAUCUGGCUUAUCGAUUGUUGGUAGGGGGCUGUUAUUUGCGCUGUGCUCUGCUGCCUGCAUUCGGUGACCCACCAGACCAAACGAUUAACAUCCGGAUACUGUGUCUUCAUGAACA